AAUUACAUCUCAUGUCACUAUUUACAGGCUGUGGUGGUGGAAUUUAGAGUUUCAAUGCAUUGUAAUGCAUGUGAAAGAACGGUUGCCAAAGCCAUCUCCAAAAUAAAAGGGGUGGAGAAGUUUACGACUGAAAUGAAGAAACACAAGGUGGUAGUGACGGGUCGGAUAAAUCCACAGAAGUUUGUGAAGAAACUGAAGAAGAAGACGGGGAAGAGAGUGGAAAUUGUGGGCGAUAAAAAUGAAUCAAAAGGUGAGGGCAAGGAGAAGGAUUUAUCAUUGGCCACAGAUCCAUUGCUAAUCGAUUGUUGGGGGGACAGUGAAGUACUGUAUACCAUGUUUAGUGACGAGAAUGCAAACGCAUGUUCCAUUAUGUAGGCAACAAAUUUCUCUAGGCCAAAGUUCAAUUUUUGAAUGUCCUACGUUAAUUGAUUGUAAUAGAAAGCAGAUUAAUUGAAUACAUUCAUGCAACUGAUCGAAUUAUCAAAUUUAUACAAACACAA